ACUCUGAUCCCAGAUUCAAACCCGGAACCUCUGGAUUGCGAGGCAGAUUUAGAAACCACUCGGGAAUCAUGAAAUCGGUGUAGUUUGUAAAAUAAUCCACGAUGGUUUCAACCAGAGUGACGCCUCAGAAAGAUGUGCGCGCUGUCUCUUUAAACGCGCAUUUAAAAAAAAAGGAUGGCUUAAAAAAAGCAGAGAAGUGGGGACGCGGUUUCCGUUUCCAGUGUUUACUUUCACUUCUUGUUCCCCAACUUUGGGCGGUUAUUUCGUGUGGCUCGGUCGGUCAUGAACAGAGGAUGGACGAGAUGAGCUCCGGUGUAAGCGUCGCCGCGGAUCCUUCCGCCGACGUUCCUCCACCUCUGAAGCAAGGCGAGGCUUUCCACGUCUUCAUCAGCUACAGCAGCACCGACGCCCAGUGGACGCACUCGCUCAUAGACAGGCUAGAAUCCAACGGCCUUGGCGUCUGCUACCACGAGCGCGAUUUCACGGCGGGGCGCACGGUGCUGGAGAACAUGUCGGAGUGCAUCCAGGAGAGCCAGAAGGUCCUGCUGGUCCUCAGCUCGGAGUUCGUGAGGAGUCGCUGGUGUCUCCUGGAAGCCAACAUGUCUCUGUUCAGAGACUGCCUGGAGAGGAAGCCCAUCGUGCCGGUGAUUCUGGAGCCGGGGGUCUGCGUCCCGCUCCACCUGUGCCACCUCACCUACCUGGAGGUCCACGACCCGGAGUUUGAGGCCAAGCUGCUGAAGGUGCUUUUCACCCCCAACCGGCAGCUCCAAGGCUCCACCGUGGUUCCCUACCAGCCUCCGUCGCUCUACAACGGGAAGCCUCUGCAGCCUUUAACUGCCACUAACGUGGAAAGUCUUUACAAGUGGGAUGCGGGGCAGUUCAGCGACAUGGACGUUCCUGAUCAACUGCGGCUGAUCAUCGAGGACCAAGAGAAGUACAGGGAGGCCAUUGGCAUCAUCAACAGUGUCUCUCAUAAUAAAGUCUGGCUACGGCCACUCUGGAUCAGGGUUCUUCUCUACAUGACUGGUGUGUUAAUGAUUAUGGCGUUCCUAGGAUUGUUCGUGUUCUCGACAGUGAUCGUAUUCUGUAUUUUGCCUACUACACAGGUCUACGCUCCUCUAGGUGAGUGGGCAACGAUCAUCAUAUGUUUCUUCUCUGUUCCAAUCGGAUUGCUCGUUCACCUUUCUCUUUGGAAGAAUGACGACGAGAAGCAUGUUGUGAGGGAAAUGCAGAAAGCUGUGGGUCGGGCCAAUGCAAUCCUCUGCAAGGAGAAUCUCCUGAUGGGCUGUCGGUCCAAUUCGAUUAUGUAUCUGGUGUACGUUUCUCUGGAAGGUUGCAAAGCAGAGUUUGCGGUGACAUUCGAGCAUCUGGCCAACACGGGGGACCUGUUUAAUCUAGCUCUGGUCGUGUUCUCGUCAGACUACGCCUGCUCUCUUGCGAAAAGGCACUUCCCCUUUCCUCAGCCGUGCCCCCGCCCGGGUCACCUGGAGCGAGGGGUCUGUUUCUGCCAGUACGUUUCUCAGCAACUGAGCCGAGGGGAAUGGAAGUGAGAGGACGGAACGCUCCGAGAUCUCGUUCGCUAUAAACCAGAGGUGGGCCGAGCAAUUGGAGUCUCCGGUGGAGAUUACUUGUCUUAAUCCACCAAUGUACCAUCAGUACGGCAGGUGUGUAUUUGUCGUUUCACGCAAACAGCUGAGUUUGAGAUCGAAAGUGUGUUUUUUCCCCUCCCAAGUGCAGCACAAACAAGAGCGCGAAUAUUAGUGCGUCCCAAUGUGGACGCCAUUUUAUUGGCGUUUUAAGAUACCACGGACUUCCGACCGAUGUUGGACUCACUCAUGAUUACCGCACGUGUACUAUUCUGUCCCAGAAAUUGCUUUUCUGGAUACUCUGGCACAUGACAACAUUCCAUUUAAAGGACAAAAAGAGGAUUUUAAGGAAGUUCAGGGAACUAAAAAUGGACAAAAUUACGAAGAUCUGCUGGAUCCAUGACAACUUUCAAUGCGAUCCAAGGUACGAUGGAGGAAAGUAUGGAAGUAAACAUGUCCCACCAGGAUUUGAGUUUGAAAUGCCGCAGAAAACAGGAUUUGAAUUUGAAACGUCAAGUGACCACAUUUUCAAUAGUUGUAUUUCAGUGUAACUUUUCAAUUUUAACAAUUCAACUGACGACAAUUCGCUGUCUGAAAUUCAACCGUCCGUGCCACCAGGCAGGGUCACUUCAGGUCAGAACCGAACAGCCAGCCAAUCCGGUUACGCUUUCUUAUUAUGAGACGUCACGUGACUAAGAAAGCGCAACUGCGAUUGGCAGAGAUUUGAAGCAGAAACCAUGUACAGUCACUUUGUCAGCUGUGUUUAUCCGACAAGAAUGUAGAACUUAUAUAGAUAUCUAACCCAUUGUUACAUAUUUUGAUACUUAAAUAACUGCAAAUGUUCAUACUAACAAUACACCGCAAUGUCCAUAUUAGCAAAUUGAUUAAUUAUGUUCUCCCGUGGUACUGGUCUAUCUUCUGGUACCUAAUUCCUAAUUUGUAACAUAUUAACUCAGAAAAAUCAAUAACCUUUCUUUAUCUUAAUAAGGUAACGCAUAUUUACAGUAUUUUGUUGCUCAGGCCUGAUACUACAACAUACUCUAUAGCAGGAGGUCUCAAACUCAUUUUUCUGGUGGACCACAUUUUACUUACGGUUCCGCUCAGGAGGCUGUUACCAUUGUGAAACCAUAAAAAUCUUUCAACGCCUCCUCAUAGUUACAUAUGAAAUUUAUGAACUCGUUUUGGAAUCAGAAAUCGAGAGGAAUGGCUUUUUCGACGAUUGUUGUUUGGUGACACAAAAAUGCUUGAGAUAUCUCAACGUUAUCGUUUAUGAUAUGACGAUUUGGAAUUUUGGCACGGAUUUGAACCAAAAAAAAAAUAAUGAAAAUUUAUACAUAUGAUUUACGUACGCGGGCCACAUAAAAUCAUGCGGCCGGUCAGAUCUGGACCCCGGGCCAUGCGUUUGACACCUGUGCUCUGUAGGGUUUGAGACUGAAGAAUGACUUGGUAUCUACAACCUUUAACUUUGCCUUGAUGGACACAUUUUUUUGUUUGGCAGUGCCAAGGAAAAUGAGCAUUUAUUGAAAUGUUAACUAUUGUCCGCUUUACAUUUUCCAAAAAAAUAAAAUCAUUUGAAU